AUGGAGAAUUCAUAUCCGACGACCAACGAUAAUCCGUUGGCGGAGAGAAUAGAUCCGCCCCGCCUCCAACAGCUCCCAAUCGACGGCUUGCUCCUCAUCGGUGAGCAAUUUGACGCUACCAAAGACCGCCUCAACCUGGUCCUGCUCAAAAAAUCCUUCAACAUUGUUUUCAUCGACCCCCUGUUCAAGUUAGGCAUCAGCCCCGGACAGCCUCGAGGCGGCGUAUUGGGCUGGGCGGCGUGCCGGGGCAGGCUAGAUCUCGACGCCGUUUUCAGCCAUAUUCAAACAUGGAGAAUCAAGUCGCUGGGUUUGUGGGAGCCAUCGGACCUACCAUACGCGAAGGCGCUCUCGCUGGCGGCCCGGGCCGGCCACCGUGAAAUGGUGCGCCUCCUCGUCGACGCCGGCGCCGACGUCAACCGCGACGCGCAAGCCCUCGUCAUCGCUGUGCUGUGCGAGAGGCACGAUAUCGUCAAGCAUCUGCUGUCGACCAUCGGGAUCGGGGGCGAUCUGGAGCGGGUGUACUCUGGCUGCCACGCCCUGACAGUGGCACUCCGGCUGUCGAGGACUACACCAUCGCCGGCGAGCUGCUGGCGCACCGCGGGAAUGACUGGGUCAAAGUGCGUGAGCGCCUCCUGGGCUGGCCCUUAA